AUGUCACGGGAAGGCAACGAGACUUUGCAUCGCUGCAAACUCGCGGAGCACAACUACCGGCACCGGAAAUGGAAGCGAUUAUUCCUCCUCGUCGAAGUUAUCAGCUUUCUUGGAGCAGUAAGCCUGACUGGGGAUUUACUGUACAGGUUUGGCUGGGUAUAUCUGGCGGAAACGUUCAGCAAACAAGACCGCCUCUUGCUCGUGAUUUUCGCAGUCAUGGCCAUGUACGGAAACGCUAUUUUCGUGGUGAUGAAGCUCGUCGGGGUCUCCAAGAAAUACCCAGAGCCACUGACCAUAUUUUUUGUCGUUGGGGACUUCCGUUUUCAACACCUUGAUUUUAUUCCCGGAGCUGCUGCUAACCGUUUGUGGUUGCACAAUAUUUCUCGAGUUGGCAAGGACAGACAAUCAUUUACUCUGAACCCCUUGAAUUUGAUGGCUUCCCCAACCGCCGAAAUUGACGAUGUAGCUGGGGACAAUUUUGAAGUUCCCAAAGAUGCCAUGGACUACUCGGAAUAUGGGAAUUACGUUGUGCAUAGCUGUGACAUCGCAUCAAAUCGCGUACGUUAUCUCUUCCUGAAGUUCGGCUUCUUCGCUUCAAUCGUGGUGCAAGGACUGACAAUGUUAGGAUACAUCGGUUGGAUAAUGGGAUACAUUGGCUACUUCGCAGGGCCUGGAAGGACUCACUCGGGCCAAUUCGACGAAGCGGUCCAAAUUCUGAACUUCCUGACGAAAGCCGGGGCGUUCGUUAUGUUUGUGGCAUUCCUGGGCCUAGCCGUGCAAGGCGUCUUUCUCAAACGUUCGACGCUUCUGUGGAUGUACCUGAUUUUUCAGGUCACCUGCACCCCAUUGACGAUGCCAAGUCGUCUAACCUGGUCGUACGGAUGGGCGUAUCAUGGUCAGAUUCCGUAUCUAUCGGUACUGCAAGAACUCGGUCUUUCGCUCCAUUGCUUCUCCGCCAUCUUGGCUUUCCUCAACAUCAAGGCGAUGGAAACAUGCCCGCAAUGCUAC